AAAAGUCCACGUUGCCUGCUGAGCUCUCGGAAACUUUUGGCUUCAGGUAUCUCCAUGCGUUGGUGAUCCACAGGAGUUGAAAAUGAAAGUGUGUGCGGUGGUCUCGGUCCUCCUGGCGCUGCUGCUGUCCUCCUGUCUGGGUCAGGACGAGGUGGCACCGCCUUCAGAUUUGACCUUUCACAUUUUGGAUGGGAGGACGGUGCAGAUGUCUUGGAGGCGGUCGCGCUCUGACAUUCAGGGCUACAAGAUACACGUGACAUCUGACACAGGAGAAAUAACACGAGAAUUGGUUUUGGCCCCGUCUGCCAGCAGCACCUCUAUCUCUGACCUGCGUCCAGAUGUGGACUACUCUGUUAGCAUAUCAGCGUACGCAGGAACACAGGAGAGUCUUCCUGUCUAUGGUCAGAUCACGAUAAAGUCAGGCAACGAUUCGCAAGGACCUUCAAGAAGACCAGACUCCACCUCCCUCAAAUGCUCUGUGAGCGCAGUGGCAGAUGUGGUCUUCCUGGUGGAUGUGGGUCGGACUUACUUCAAACAUGUGCGCACUUUCAUGGCGGCCGUGGCCAGCGCUUUUCAGAUCGGCAAAGAUAAAACACGUGUGGGAGUGGUCCAGUACAACGGGGACACGCCCACCGGGUUCAGACUGGACCGGCACCUGAGCCGACCUUUGCUGAUGCAUGCCAUCGGCUCGCUGGGGUACGACAGAGACAACACCAGGACAGGUGACGCUCUGGACUACCUGUUGACAAACACCUUCACGGAGGCGGCGGGCGCCAGAACGGCAUUUCCUAAAGUCCUGCUGAUCCUCACAGACGGCAUGUGGGAAGAUUCCGUGCAACGCUCUGCCAGGCGACUGAGGAGCGCGGGCGUGGAGAUCUUUGUUGUCGGAAUCCAGCAGGGCGAUGAUGAGACGAUGCAGGCGCUGGCCUCUUCUCCUUCGAGAGGUCAUGUCUUUAAAGUGGCCACCUUAGACAGGAUUCAAAAUAUUCAGAGGGAGGUCGUCAGUCAGGUGUGUGUGGGCGUUGAAGACCAGCUCAGCUCUCUGGCCAGUGGAGAAGAAGUCGUCGAGCCCGCCGCCAACCUUCAGGUCCUGGAGGUGGCCUCAAAGACCAUGAGGGUGAGCUGGAGCGCCUCCAUUGGUGAUGUUUCUGGAUACAAGCUGCAGAUGAUUCCGAUGAUGGCCGGUGGCAAGCAUCAAGAACUGUACGUGGGCUCUAGCCAGACCUCAUUGGUGGUCCGAGACCUCUCGCCUGACAUGGAGUACCAGAUCAGCUUGUUCGCGCUGAAAGGUCUCACACCAAGCGAGCCUGUGGUUGCCCUGCACAAGACUCAACCAGUGAAGGUGUCAGUGGAAUGUUCUCUUGGUGUGGACGUCCAAGCGGACGUGGUCCUCCUGGUGGACGGGUCCUAUAGUAUCGGCCUAGCCAACUUUGCUAAAGUUCGAGCCUUUUUGGAGGUGUUAGUGACCACCUUUGACAUCGGACCAAAUAAGGUCCAGAUCAGCUUGAUCCAGUACAGCCGCGACCCGCACACCGAAUUUUUCUUGAACACCCACCAUGACCUGAGCGGCGUGGUCAAGGCGGUGAGGUCUUUUCCGUACCGAGGCGGCUCCACCAACACGGGCAAGGCCAUGACUUUCGUGAGGGAGAAGAUCUUCCAGCUGUCUAAAGGUGCACGGGCCAACGUUCCUCGCGUCACCAUCCUCAUCACGGACGGAAAGUCUUCCGACACCUUCCAGGAGCCGGCCACGAAGCUGAGGGAUGCCGAUGUGGAGAUCUUUGCAGUAGGUGUGAAAGAUGCCGUACGAUCAGAGCUAGAGGCCAUCGCUAACGCGCCUGCCGAAACGCACGUGUACACCGUGGAAGACUUCGAUGCUUUCCAGAGGAUCUCCAAAGAGCUCACGCAAUCCAUCUGCCUAAGGAUAGAGCAGGAGCUUCGCAACAUCCAAAAGAGACAGCUGGUUCAGCCCAGAGACCUGUCCUUCUCUGAGGUCACCUCGAGAAGCAUCCGUACCUCAUGGGAGAUGGACGCCACCGACGUGGAGUCCUAUUUGGUUCAGUUUAAGCCUGCGGAGAACCCUGACGGCCAUUUGGUGUCCAUGUCUGUACCCGGGGACACUCUCACUGCCAUCCUACCGUACCUGACCCCCCUGACACGCUACCAAGUCAACAUCUUUGCUCAGUAUGACCGGGGCGACAGUUUGCCCCUGAGUGGCUACGAGACCACCCUUGAGGAACAAAGUCCGGUUCGCAACCUGAGAGUGUCCGAGGAGACCGCGGACAGCUUCCGGGUGUCGUGGCAGCCGGCACGAGGAGCAGUAAUCCGCUACCACUUGACCUUUGAACCUGUCGGUGAAGCAGGGGCCAAGGCAGAGGUGACUACACUCGGUGAUGAGACCGCCAUCGUGCUACAGGGGCUCCAACCUCAGACCACUUAUCUGGUCACUGUCGCUGCUGAGUACCAGUCUGCCUCUGGACCGCCACUGCAGACGUAUGGAACCACUAAAGAAGAGGUGGGUGCACCUAAAAACUUGUUAACUCAGGACGUGACCGACAACAGUUUUUCCGUGCGGUGGACGGCCGCUCCCGGGAAUGUUCGAAUGUACCGAGUCCGAUGGCAGUCCAUGUAUUCCCAAGAGUCUGGUGAGAAGAUGAUCCCAGGAGACCAAACAUACACCUUGCUAGAAGGUUUGAGCCCAGAGACGCUCUACCAUGUCUCUGUGGUCGCCAACUAUCAGCACAAAGACAGCCAGCCACUCUCUGGACACGAAACCACUGACGCUUCCGCUGAGGGUAAAAGUCUAAGCGUGACUGACGAGACGGAGCGCAGCAUGAAGGUCACGUGGCUGCCGGCGCCCGGCAAGGUGCUCCACUACCGUCUCAAGUAUAUUCCCAGCACUGGAGGCCGGGAAGUAGUCCUCAAGAUCCCAGAGGGGGUCACCUCCUCUGUCCUGAAGAGACUGCAGCCUUUAACCUCGUACAGCAUCAGUGUUCAUCCCAUCUACAAGCGCGGGGAAGGAAAAGCAAGGCAAGGAGUAGGAAGCACACUGUCACCUUACAAGGCUCCACAGAACCUGCAGACCUCAGAGCCCACCAAGACCAGUUUCAGAGUCUCCUGGGAUCCAUCACCUGGGAAUGUUCGAGGAUACAAAGUGACCUUCCACCCCGCUGGGAAUGAUAUUGACCUGGCUGAGCUGCUUGUGGGACCCUACGAUAACACUGUGGUUCUGGAGGAACUCAGGGCGGGAACAAAGUAUUCGGUGGCCGUGUUCGGGAUGUUUGAUGGAGGGGAGAGUUUGCCUCUGGCAGGAGAGGAGAAGACAACACUUUCUGACGCUCCCGAGCCACCUGCGUUCGGUCCUUCUGACACACAAUGUAAGACCUCAGCCAAGGCAGACAUUGUGCUGCUGGUCGACGGCUCCUGGAGUAUCGGCCGCAUCAACUUUAAAACUAUACGCAACUUCAUUGCUCGCAUGGUCAGCGUCUUUGACAUCAGCCCCAAUAAUGUCCAGAUCGGUCUAGCUCAGUACAGUGGAGACCCUAAGACCGAGUGGCACUUGAAUGCUCACCCCACCAAGGCGUCUUUGCUGGAGGCCGUGAGCAACCUGCCUUACAAAGGAGGAAACACCAUGACAGGGAUGGCUCUGAGCUACAUCCUCCAGAACAACUUCAAGCGCAACGUGGGAAUGCGCGAAGACUCUCGUAAAAUCGGCAUCCUGAUCACAGAUGGAAAGUCCCAGGAUGAAAUUGUCACCAACUCGCAGAAUCUGAAAGAGAGCGGCAUCGAGCUCUAUGCCAUCGGCGUGAAGAACGCAGAUGAGAAUGAGCUUCGGUCUAUUGCCAGCGAUCCCGAUGAAAUUCACAUGUACAACGUCAACGACUUCAAGUUUCUGAUGGACAUCGUGGAGGACCUCACCCUCAAUCUUUGUAACAGCGUCAAGGGCUCAGCAGAAGAGCUGGAGGCGCCCACCAACCUGGUGACCUCCGAGGUGACCCAUCGCUCCUUCCGCACCACCUGGACCGCGCCUGACAGUCCUGUGGAGAGAUUUCGUGUGGUAUACGUGAGUGCGGCCGGAGGAGCUGCACAGGAGAUGCUGCUUGACGGCUCUGUGACCUCUGUGGUUCUGGACGGUCUGAGCCCGCUCACCGAGUACUUUGUUAGCGUCUACUCUGUGGCUGGCGAGGAGAGCAGCGAGCCAUUGGCGGGCACAGAGACCACCUUGCCGCUGCCGGCCGUCACGUCCAUGAAUGUUUACGAUGAGACGAUGAACUCUAUGAGGGUACGUUGGGAGAGAGUAGGCGGAGCCAGCGGUUACGUUGUGUUAUACCGCUCCAUCAACGCUACAGAGCCUCAGAUAGAUCAGGAGGUCCGUGUUGGAGCAGACGUGAGCGACAUCCAGCUGACACAGCUGCUUCCCAACACGGCCUAUUCAAUCUCCAUAUUGGCUCAGCACGGAGAAGCGGUCAGCGAGCCGGUGAAGGGCACUGGAGUUACGGUGCCUUUGCCUCCUAGUGGAGCUCUCAGGAUUUCGGCCGUCACUCACAGCAGCAUGAGACUCAACUGGGACGCCGCGCCAGGACCUGUGCGCAAGUACCUGGUGAUCUACCGGGCCGAGGAUGGAGACGCCAAAGAGCGUGAAGUCGGCGGUGACAUCACCACCUUUGACCUAUCUGGCCUAACCUCCCAAACGGAAUAUGACGUCGCCGUGACUCCAGUCUACGACGAAGGGCCUGCCAACCCCAUGCUUGGAAACGCAAUCACAGACGUUGUUCCAGCCCCAAAGAACCUGCAGUUCUCUGAGGUUGACCUGACCUCCUUCAGGGCUACGUGGGAGCACGGAGCGCCGGAUGUGGCUCUGUACCGCAUCGGCUGGACGAAGAAAGGCCAAAACGACGACCACUCUACCAUCCUUGGCAACGAUGAGACAUCCCAUAUUCUGCAGCAGUUAGACCCAGACACCGAGUACACCGUGACGGUCACGGCCAUCUACCCAGAUGAGUCCGAAAGUGAAGACUUGAUGGGAAACGAGCGCACGUUGUUAAAGGCUGUGGACGUGCGACCGGAACCUCCUAGAAACCUGAAAGUUUACAAUGCCACCAUCAGCACAUUGGCGGUGAGGUGGGACCCAGCUCCUGGCCCCGUGCAGAACUACAAGAUCCUUUACGCUCCUCUUGCUGGUGGCGAGCCCCUUGCUACGCAAGUCGGAGGCAAGAAGACCAGCACCAUCCUGCAGAAAUUGUCCCCAGACACUCCGUACGUGGUGACCAUGACUGCUGUGUACCCCACUGGCCUCAGCAAAGACAUUUCAGCAGAAGGAAGAACCAAGCCUCUGGGUGGCGUGAGGAACCUGCAGGUGGUCAACCCCACCAUGACCACGUUGAACGUGCGCUGGGAGCCGGCCGAGGGUCGUGUGAAAGAGUACAAAGUCAUCUACGCUCCAGCAGCUGGAGGAGCUGAGAGCAUGGUAGGACUGGAGCAGGUGUCAGCGGGCAGCACAAGCACCACCCUGAGAGGCCUGCAUCCUGACACCCUCUACACCGUCUCCCUGGUGCCCGUCUACAACGAGGGAGAUGGCAAGACCAUGUCUGAAAAUGGAAAAACACGGCCGCUCGGAGGUGUAAAGAACCUACAGGUGACCGACCCCACCAUGACCUCUCUCAACGUUAAGUGGGCCCCAGCUGAUGGAGCCGUUCGCUUGUACAAAGUCUUCUAUGUACCCGUUGCUGGCGGCCGCGAGGAGAUGGAGCAAGUUCCUGCCAACGUCGACUCCAUCAUCCUCAGGAACCUUCUUCCUGACACGGCUUACGCUGUGUCAGUCUUACCAGUUUACCCAGCCAGGGAGGGUAAACGCCAGUCUGAGACUGGAAAGACUUUGCCUCUAGGAGGCGUCGGCAACAUGAAGGUGAGCAGCCCCACAAUCACCACACUCACGGUCACCUGGAACCCUGCAGACGGAAACGUUCAAGGCUACAAGGUCAUUUACGUCCCAGUCAAUGGAGGCCUGGAGAUUGUGGAGCAAGUGUCUGAGAGCACCACCACCACCGUCCUGGAGAAGCUUCUCCCAGACACCCGCUACACUGUCACCGUGGUUCCGGUCUACGCCGAGGGUGACGGUCCGAGUCUGACCGACAGUGGCAAGACAAAGCCGCUGGGCGUGGUGAGGAAUCUUCAGGUGUUGGAUCCCACUACCAGCACCCUUAAUGUGCGCUGGGAGCCCGCCGAGGGGAACGUGCGCGAGUACAUUGUCAUCUGGGUGCCGAGUGGAGGCGGAGAGCAGGAUGUGGACCAGGUGUCUGGAUCCACCACCUCCACUGUGAUCAAGAACCUGGACCCCGACACUGAGUACACUGUCACUGUUGUGCCCGUUUACCACGAGAUGGAGGGAUUGCCGCUGUCUGAAAAUGGGAAGACGAACCCGUUCGGGGGGGUGAAUAACCUGCAGGUGAUUGACCCGACCAUCAACACCCUGACGGUGCGCUGGGAACCAGCGGUGGGCAACGUGCGCGGCUACAAGCUCACAUAUUCGGCAGAGCCUGACGGAGUACAACAAACGGAGGAGGUGUCAGCUGGCACCACCAGCACCAUCCUGAGAAACCUGGACUCAGACACCGUCUACAACGUGGUCGUGGUUCCCAUCUAUCCGGACGUGGAGGGCAUCCCGCAGGCUGACAAGGGAACGACCAAGCCUCUGAGCGGCGUGAAGAAUCUCCGUGUGACCGACCCCACCACCAACUCCCUCAGGGUGCGCUGGGACCCAGCCGAUGGCGAUGUUAGGCAGUACAGGAUCCUCUACGUUCCUGCUGUAGGAGGAGACGAGCUCAUGACUCAGGAGUCUGGCAUUGUGACCAACGCAAUGCUAAGAGAACUGCAGCCUGACACAGAGUACAAGGUGACACUGGUGCCCGUAUACGCCGACGUGGAGGGAAAGCGCAUGUCUGAGAACGGGAAGACAAAGCCGCUGGGCGGCGUGAAGAACCUGCAGGUCACAGAUCCCACCACCAGCACCCUCAAAGUCCUCUGGGAGCCCGCGGAGGGAAAUGUGCGCCAGUACCGCCUCUUCUACAUGCCUGUGGCCGGCGGCGCAGAGGACAUGGAGCAGGUAUCAGGCGGCACCACCAACACCAUUCUGAGGAACCUCCUCUCAGACACCCCUUAUUCUGUCACUGUGGUCCCCGUCUAUCCGGAGGGCGAGGGUCUGCGCCUCACGGAAACGGGACAAACUCUUCCACGCACGCCACCGCGUAACGUCCAGGUGUACAAUCCCAGCCCCAACAGCCUCAACGUGCGCUGGGAGGUGGCCUCAGGCCAGGUGCAGCAAUACCGCGUGGAGUAUGCCCCCCUGAAUGGAGCCGCACAACCUCAGUCUGCAUUUGUUCCAGGAAAUGUCAACAACGCCUUCCUUGACAACCUAAUCCCGGACACUCCCUACUCGGUUAGUGUGUCUGCCAUGUACCCUGAUGGCGAAGGCUUGUCACUGCAGAGCAACGGCAAAACAUUACCGCGUACUGGACCUCGGAACCUGCGAGUGUUUGAAGCCACCACCAACUCUCUCACCAUUGGGUGGGACCAUGCUGAGGGUCCCGUGAGACAGUACCGGAUCGCGUACGCCCCCAUGACAGGAGACCCCAUCACAGAAUAUGCUGUGGUUUCUGGAAACAGAAACAACGCCAGACUGCUGAACCUCUUUCCCGACACGCCAUACAACAUCACGGUGGAGGCCAUCUAUGCCGAGGGCCCCGGAGGACUCCUCAACGGGAACGGACGCACAGUGGGCCUGCUGAGUCCAAGGAACCUGCGCGUGUCAGAUGAGUGGUACACGCGUUUCCGGGUGGCCUGGGACCCGGUGUCAGCUCCUGUGGAAGGAUAUAAACUCAUCUACUCGCCUAAAGGCACCGACCAAUCCAUUGACUUCUUUGUGGGCGACGUGACGUCUUACACGCUGCACAAUCUGAAGCCUGGCACCACCUAUGACGUCAAAGUCUUGGCACAGUACGGCGGAGGCUCGAGUGCGCCGCUGGCCGGGCAAGGAACAACGUUGUUCCUGAACGUGACCAACAUCGAGACCUACAACAUCGCUCACGACAAGUUCUGCGUCAAGUGGAUGCCUCACAGAGCGGCCACGUCGUAUCGCCUCCGACUGAACCCUGUUGACCCGUCCAGUAGAGGUCAACACGAGAUCACCAUUCCAGCCGGCGUUCCUCAGUACUGCUUUGACGGACUUUCCCCCGACGCCCUCUACACUGCCACGGUCUUUGUCCAGACACCCAACCUGGAAGGACCAGGCGUCAGCACCAGGGAAAGAACCUUGAUCAAGCCAACUCCCAUUCCGACGCUCCCGCCCACACCCAGCCCGCCACCCACAAUUCCCCCCUCAUGGGAAGUGUGCAAAGGUGCCAAAGCAGAUGUUGUGUUCCUCAUCGACGGCUCGUGGAGUAUCGGCGAAGAGAGCUUCACCAAAGUCGUGCAUUUUGUCUCCAGCAUGAUCGGAGCCUUUGACGUGAUCGGACCGACUGGGAUGCAGGUGUCGUUCGUGCAGUACAGUGACAAUGCAAAGACUGAGUUCAAGCUCAACGCUUACCAAGACAAAGGUGUUGCCAUGUUGGCGCCUCAUCACAUCCGCUAUAGAGGAGGAAACACCAAAUCAGGAGUGGCUCUUAAGCACACAUACGAAAAGGCCCUCUCUAUAGAGAACGGCAUGAGAAGGAACGUCCCCAAGGUCGUGGUGGUCAUCACAGAUGGACGUUCUCAGGAUGAAGUGAAGAAGAGUGCCGCCAAAUUGCAGCACGCAGGUUACAGCGUCUUCGCGGUUGGCGUGGCUGACGUGGACUUCGGGGAGCUGCAGGAGAUCAGCAGCAAGCCCAGUGAGAGACACGUCUUCGUCGUGGACGACUUUGACGCUUUUGACACCAUCAAGGAGAACCUGAUCACGUUCAUUUGUGAAACGGCCACGUCCAGGUGUCCGCUAAUUUUUGUCAACGGCUUCACGUCUCCUGGUUUCCGAAUGCUGGAGACUUUUAACCUGACAGAGAAAAGCUACGGUCAGGUGCGAGGUGUCUCCAUGGAGCCCGGAUCUUUCAACAGCUUCACGUCCUACAGACUCCACAAGAAUGCCUUCCUGACGAUGCCCAGCAUAGACGUGCACCCGGAAGGCCUUCCUCAUGUCUACACCAUCAUCCUCAUGUUCCGCCUUCUGCCCGACUCACCGAAUGAGGCUUUUGACAUUUGGCAGGUGUCCAGUCCAGAUCACAAACCAGAGACCGGCAUCACCAUUGAUCCCUCCAGACAGACUGUGUCUUUCUACAACAAGGACGAGCGAGGCGAGAUCCAGCGGGUCACAUUCGACGAGCCUCAGGUCAAGCAAAUCUUCCAUGGAAGCUUCCACAAGCUGCACAUCCUGGUUUCAUCCACUGACGUCAAGCUCAACAUUGACUGCCAACACGUGGUCGAAAAGAACAUCAAAGCGGCUGGAAGUACGUCCAAAGAUGGCUAUCAUGUCUUGGGAAAAAUGUCCAAGUCCAUCGGCUCCAGAGGAGAGUCAGCCACUUUCCAGCUGCAGAUGUUUGAUAUUGUGUGCACGUUGGCGUGGACCAGCAGGGACCGCUGCUGUGACCUUCCAUCCAUGAGAGAUGAGACUAAGUGUCCGUCCCUACCCAAUGCGUGCAAGUGCACUUCCAGUGGCAGUGGACCUCCUGGACCUCAGGGACCAGUGGGUGCCCCCGGCAAAAAAGGGCCACGAGGAGAAAGAGGAGAACUCGGUUCUCUUGGGCCAAUUGGCCCGCAUGGAGAUAUGGGACCACCCGGACCCAUGGGCCUGCCGGGACCCCAAGGACCCAGCGGACGGUCGAUGCCAGGAGAGGCUGGCCGCCCUGGACCCAAAGGAGAACCUGGGGACUCGGGUCUAACUGGACAAAAAGGCUCACCAGGACCUCGUGGGCCCAUUGGACCCAUCGGCCCAGCUGGAGUGAGGGGUCCUCAAGGAAAGGAGGGACUGGUUGGACCCAGAGGACCUGCUGGGCCGAUGGGACCCCCGGGCUCUCCAGGAGCGCCGGGUGUGGAAGGAAAAGCAGGAAACACUGGAUCUCGUGGACCUGCUGGUUCUAUGGGUCCAAAGGGAGACAAGGGAGAGCGAGGUGACUUUGCUCCUCAGAACAUGAUGCGCUCCAUCGCCAGGCAGGUGUGUGAGCAGCUCGUCAACGCCCAGAUGAACCGCGUCAACAACUUAGUCAAUCAGAUCCCGAAUGGCAUGUCUCGCAGCAACAACCCGGGUCCUCCCGGCCCACCUGGACCUACCGGUAGGCCCGGUCCACAGGGAGAACUGGGACCUGCGGGAAGAAACGGCUUCCCUGGAAACCCAGGUUUACCGGGUCAAGCCGGAGAAGCAGGGCCAGCGGGAGAGAAGGGUGAACGAGGCUUAGCAGGAGUGGGACCGAAAGGCCCAAAGGGACCUCCUGGUACACAAGGAGAAAGUAGGACAGGAUCGCCAGGACCACCAGGCUCCACAGGACCACGUGGUCCUCCUGGGCGUCCCGGUUACGCUGGAGUCCGCGGACCCCCCGGACCUCCCGGAUACUGCGACUCUUCCCAGUGUGUCGGUAUUCCUUACAACGGUCAAGGAUACGUAGGUUCUGCGUAGUGAUUUGUUUGCCGCCGGUGCCGCUUUCACUGACUUCCUGAAACGCUCGCUGGUUUAAAGGAAGCUUUAACAAACAAGAAGAACAGGAAGCAGUACUAAAAGACACAGGAAGCAGUACUAACAACGUUUGCAUCGUGACCACCAGACAAGGAGGAGCAUGUGGACGACAACAACAACAGAAAUACUAACGUGUCCCCAUGGAAACACACUCGACAUGCUUUGUUGCCUAGCAACCUGCUGCUUGCCAUCAGCCGUAUAACUCUAUCUAAUCUAAUCUAAUCUAAUCUAAUCUGAUCAUGCAUGUGACAUGUGACGGCGUGAAAGAGAAGUCACCCGUCAGCAGUAGAAGCUUCUUGAGCGAGUCUUCAGUCAGUACCUAAUCAAGUGAGUUUGUUGACUAACAUGGUUUACAUGCAAAUGAGCUGCAGUGGCCCCACCCCUCCUGCCUACUAACACCCGCCCACCAGAGAAAGACCACUAAUGGUUAAGCGGGCGGCGUGCUCUUUCCGAGCAGGCCGCCGUCCAUCUGCACUCGACACCCGCGCAGUCCUGGUCCCUGAGGAAGACGAAUCGUCUCGGGAGCAGCGCCGGAAGAGGUCGCUGGCAAGGAAGGUGUCUGAGAGUCUAGCAUCAUAAGGCGCCAUUUUCUUCUUCUUCUUCCUGAGACUUUUCAAAACACCUUCAAGCGUCUGUGAAUAUUGCUGAGUGUGCACCAGGGGCGCUGUAACAUAUUUGCUUUUGUAUCAGCGCAGGUUCAUUAAACGCCGCUAUUUUUUUUUCUUUCCUGUAAUCAAACAUCACCUCGUUAAUUAAGUUGCAUGUCUGUUUUUAUUCAUGCCACAAUUCUUAUUUAUUUCUCACACAAGAGGCAUUUUUCAAUAAAACUA